AUGCUGCUGGUGACGCUCGCCCUCUACCACCGCGACAGCCUCUCCCACGGCAACUCGCGCCGCAUCUUUGGCUACGAGGCCUACCACUGGGGCCUCCUCUUCACGCCUGCGUCUUCAUCCUCCUCCCCCUCCGACGCCGCGCCGCUCUACUCUUUCGACGCGACCGACGCCUCCGACAUUGACCCCGUCACGUUCCGCCUGCGCAACCCCUCCAUGGACUGGUGGCUGCGCGCCGAGACGCGCCCGACGGCGCCCAACCCCAAGCUCCUCGGGCAGCUCGUCGUGGGGACGCUGCCCGACGGUGAUGCGUGGGGUGAGGAGGGCGGUGGGGGGUUUGAGCGGCUCAAGGCCAUCUUUGAAGAGGUGCCCCUGCCGGAGAAGAACACGCACCCGCAGCAGAGCUGCGUGACGUGGGCCGUGGCCGCCGUCGGGCGCAUGCAGACGCAGGGCUGGGUGCCGGCGUUUGACCUGCAGGUUCUGAAGGACGCGGCGCUGGCGUAUGCGGAUGCGAGGAUCAAGGAGGACGCCACGGAGCCGGCGCUGAAAGAGUACCGUGCGGAGGAAAAGGGCCUUUGA